CUUACCCGGUCCGAUCACUUUUCUGGUUCGGGCCCCCUUCCAUUUUCAAAACAUUGCGACAAGCGACUUCAUACUAGGGUUUUUUCAAUUGGGGUGCUCUGACUUGAAAGAAUUCAAAACCCCCUAAAUCUCAAAACCCUCAUCGAUCCUCACUAUAGCAAAUGAGCAGCACAGUACAGAGAACUCCUAAAUCUGGAAGACAAUCGUUGUUCUUCCAUGACUUAGCUUCUCCAAUUUCAAACCGUAAAGGAGGCAAAUUCACAACUCCAGGUCAAGCAGCAGCUGUUUCAGCUCUGUGGCGCGAGAAUUUUGCAACCUCCGAUCUGCCUCCUCCGCCCGUGUUCACCCUCGAAGAUCGCUCGGACUUCUCUCCGGAAUCUGGAAUUCCGGACUAUCCCAUGUCUUCGGAAAGCAAUUUAGGGUUUAGAACUCCUGUCCAGAGCUCGGGAGGCCAGUUUUCGACCCCGAGAAUGAAGGCCGAGGCGAGCACUUCGUAUGCUGUAAUUGGUGGUGGGCAGCAGCUGCAAAAUCCGCAGAGCCCUGUGGGGAGUUUGAGUUGGUGGUCUCCUGGGAAGAGUGGUGAGCAAGAUGAGAAGGGCAAGGGUUCUCCAGUCGAGGCUGUAGUGCAGCCGGGUGCUUUGAUUAUCUUACCGCCUCCAAGGGAUGUUGCGAGACCGGAAAUGCAGAGGAAUUCUUUGCCUGUGGGAAAUCUUGAUGAGGAAGAAUGGGUCACUGUUUAUGGGUAUUGUAUUGUUCUAACUAUCCCUUUCCAUGUAAUUGUGAUUUGGUUAUGGUCUGUUCGUGCUCAUCUAUGCAGUUUUUAAUGUCAUGGCUUAAUUUUUCCAAUGAUCAUGACAAGUUGCAUAUUUUUGUUGCUCAUUAAGAAAAGAAAAAGAGGACAAGUUGUUGCAUAAUUGUAAAGAAUUAGCUGAUUGUAGAUGAUGAUUUUCGCCUAUUGCUGCUUUUGGGUGAAAUGUUAGGGUGAUUGAAGAUGGGAUGAUUUCCAGUACUAAACUAUCUCUUGGGUCUUUGUUUCUAUGGGUGUCAGUCAUUGAGGGGUUUGUUGGGGGCUUCAUUUGGUUUUCUAUUGAGGAAUAAGGAACAAAAUUUAGUUUCAUUUCCAUUAAAAUAGUCAAAACGUUUUUUGUUUUAUGGGAAAGUGACAUGAAACACUAGUGAAAAGUUGAAAAUUAGUGUUUCUACCAAAAUAUUUAUAUAUAAAAAAAAAAGAUUGAGAAGAAAAAAAUAGAAUCACAAAUAUAUUAGAGAGGAGAAGAGAAAUAGUGC